GGUUGGGCUUCCUCGGGGGUUCCGGGGAGUGGAGUUAACCAGCCGGAGGGGGCUGGACUAGAAGACCUCUGAGGUCCCUCCCAACCCAAGGAUUGUAGAGUUUCCUGCCUGGUGUGCUGCUCCUUCCAGGAUGGCCCGUCCGCUCUGUGGCAGCAGCCCAGUCCUUCUCCUCUGUGUUCUGGUCUUCGCCAGUGCCAAUUUGAUCCAGUUUGGACGGAUCAUCGAACACUUGACCGGAAGACACGCCCUCAUCUACAACGGCUACGGCUGCUACUGCGGAUGGGGGGGCUCCCGGCAGCCGGUGGACGCUACUGACUGGUGUUGCCGAGUUCACGACUGCUGCUACCAGGCCCUGUCGCUCCGUCACUGCAAACCCAAAAUGGAGAAAUAUUCCUACUCCGUCGGAAAAGACACCGUCACGUGUGGUGGGGAAACCGAAUGCCGGCGGCAAACCUGCGAGUGUGACAAAGCAGCAGCCCUCUGUUUCCGCCGCUCAGUGUUUCAGGACCAAUACAUCACCUACCCAAAUAUCUUGUGCCAAGGACCCACCCCGCCCUGCCAGGGCAUCGGCCACCACUCCACCCACACAAAGAGGGGCUGAGGCCGGCCCUUCUGAGCUCGAGAUGCCGGCGGGGGCCACGAAACCUCCACCCGUCCCUGAACCGCCUUCUCUUUGCCAGUCGCCAAACUGUGGUCUUCUUGUGCAAUA